UGAAUAUAAUAAAUCCAAUGCGUUGGGUAUAUAAAUGGGUGGAAUAUCCAUUGGUUUUCCGAACUAAUUGUGUGACAUUUAUUUUUAGUGACAUGGACGAGCAAAGAUGGACGGAGGGAGUAGUAUAUGUGUUAUAUAAACCCCUCUUGUCUUGUUGAGUGGUUCUUUCAAGCAGCUUUAGUUUCUUGAAUAAAUCUCUUCAUAUUAUAACUGUAAUUAAUUAAGAGACUUGCAAAAAGAAAAUGAUUAAUGAUAUGGCCAAUGUUUUCCUAUCCCUUGAGCCUUGUAAUGGUGAUCAAAUUGGUUAUGACCCUUUGGAAAAUGGCCUUUAUCUUAGAAAUCACAAAGAACUGUCUUAUUCUCUUAAUCCUUACACGUCUGUUUUGAAGAGAAGUGCUGCUGGCAAUGGCAUGAUGAUUUCAACUUUGUCCAAUGGAAGUGGGAAUUUUAAGAGGUUGAGGAGAACCCCAAGCCUUGGUGAAUCUUUUGGAAGCAAUAGUACCUUUUAUAGUACUGAUAGCAGCGGCGGCGGCAGCAAUUGCAGUACUCUACCAAGAAAUGAUAGCACUAAUAGUGUGAAUAGCUUGUCACUGCAGCCAGGGCUUCAUUUUCGCCAUCAUGUUUGGGCGUUGAACCAAAGAUACCUUGCUGCUGAGGCUAUUGAAGAGGCGGCAGCUGAAAUUAUUAAUGAGGAGGAAGCAAAUGGGGAAGCCGUGAAAUUAGUCCAGCUUCUCAUUACUUGUGCUGAAGCUGUGGCUUGUAGGGAUAAGUCUCGUGCCUCGGUGUUGUUGUCUGAGCUACGUUCCAGUGCAUUAGUGUUUGGGACGUCUUUCCAGCGCGUAGCGUCCUGUUUCAUGCAGGGACUGGCUGAUCGGCUGGCGCUGGUGCAGCCGCUUGGCAUGGUUGGUUAUGUUGCUAGCCCUGCUAUGAAUAAAACAGACAUUGCCUUGGAGAAAAAGGAAGAAGCUUUGAGGCUUUUAUAUGAGAUGUGUCCACAUAUUCAAUUUGGUCAUUUUGUGGCCAAUUCCUUAAUAUUGGAAGCCUUUGAGGGAGAGAGUUUCAUUCAUGUUGUUGAUUUGGGAAUGAGCCUUGGGUUGCCUCAUGGUCACCAGUGGCGUCGUCUUAUUCAGAGUCUUGCUAAUCGCCCUGGACACCCCCCACGUCGCCUAAGGAUCACUGCUGUUGGACAGAAUAUCGAGAAAUUCCAGGUCAUCGGAGAUGAGCUUGAGGCAUAUGCAAGAAGCCUUGGUAUCAGUUUGGAGUUUUCAGCUGUGGAAAGCAAUUUGGAAAACCUUAAGCCAAAGGACAUCAAGGCAUACGAUGGUGAGGUCCUCGUGGUCAACAGCAUUCUUCAGCUCCAUUGCGUGGUGAAGGAAAGUCGCGGUGCUCUCAACUCUGUUCUGCAGGUAGUUCAUGAACUCUCUCCCAGGAUUCUGGUCCUUGUGGAGCAGGAUUCGAGCCACAACGGACCUUUUUUUCUCGGGAGAUUCAUGGAAGCGCUGCAUUACUACUCUGCUAUUUUCGACUCCCUUGAUGUCAUGCUGCCUAAGUAUGACACCAAACGCGCGAAGAUAGAGCAGUUUUACUUUGCAGAGGAGAUCAAGAACAUUGUGAGUUGCGAGGGACCAGCAAGGGUGGAAAGGCACGAAAGGGUGGACCAAUGGCGUAGGAGGAUGAGCCGAGCAGGUUUUCAGGCAGCGCCUAUUAAGAUGGCGCCGCAAGCCAAGCAAUGGCUUGCAAAAGUGAAUGGACAUGAAGGAUUCACCAUCACAGAAGAGAAGGGUUGCUUGGUUCUUGGAUGGACAUCAAAGCCUAUUGUGGCUGCCUCUUGCUGGAAAUGCUGAUCAAUCAUAUGAUCAUCUGCUACAACAAUGUCAUGUUAGUGUGCCUGUUUUCAGUUUUUCAAGAAUCUUGACUGUGGAGUGUGGAGUUCAACAAUAAGAACAUCUGAUAAGUUUUGAGUGUCAUCUUUCCAGAUGUGGAGUUUGUGAUGAAAUAAAGUACGUAGUUGUUUGUGUAUAGCUUGACAUUCUAUUCAUUUUUUUUUACCUAAGUUAGUUUCCUCUUUUUCCCUCAAACAACCCCCAAAGAAAAAAAGACAAUAGCGAAUUGUCUGUCAAAAAUGUACAUGUUAUAUUAGU